AUGAGAGCGCUAGAAAGAUUGGAACCGUUCACGACGCGACGACGACAGGCGCUUAAUAAGAUAAACAUCGCACUGCUCGCAGCAGUAAUGUUAACGCUGCAAAUGAUCACUUCCGUUCUCGCGAUUCUAACAUUAUACCAUUCGCCGCUUGUCGCCCUGACUAGUCCUAGAUGCCCAAAGCGACACCCGAACCAUAGCGGCAACGGCAGCAUUGCCGCCCUCAUCCUAGCUCGUGGCGGCUCGAAAAGUAUUCCGCUGAAAAACCUUGCCAAAAUCGGUACCAAAUCGUUGCUGGUUAGAACGUUGGAAGUUCUGGAGAGUUUUGGUGAGUUCGAUUCAAUUUGGGUAUCGACCGAUGACAAUCGAAUCGGCGAUGCAGUGCAAGUGGCUUUUCCCGGGGAUCGCAUCCAACUUCAUUUUCGAUCUGGCGAGUUUGCUCGCGAUCAAUCCACAUCGAUCGAAUCGACGCAGGAAUUCCUGAGCAAACAUCCAGAGAUUGCUAAUGUGGCUUUGGUACAGUGUACUUCACCUUUCCUGAGAAGCCAAUACCUGGCCGAAGCUUGUCGGAAAUUUCACCGCUCUGUGGAUUGCGUUUUUAGUGCAGUGCGAAGCUUCCAGCUGCGCUGGCGAAUGCAGCCUGCGGACGAGAAGAUGGUUCCGCUAAAUUUUGACCCCAGAAGCAGACCGCGUCGCCAGGAUUGGGACGGCGAACUGGUGGAAGCUGGAAUGUUUUAUUUCGCCCGACGAUCCUUGAUACUUAUGGAAGGUAUUUUUCAGAACGAACAUUGUCGGGUGGUUGAAGUCAACCCAAAAGAUGCGCUAGAAAUUGAUGACAUUGAUGAUCUAAAUUUAGCUAGAAUAAUCACUGAACAAACUGAGGAUAAAUAA